CUUUCUACGGACUGUCAGCGACGUUGACAACUCUAGUGCUUUCUGUCAGGCGGGAACAAUAUACAUCUGAAAUAAAUGUUCACAUCGUUUAAAAAAGUUUGGACAGUCUCGGGACAAUAAUGACACAUUCCGGGGAUGCGGCAGCGACUGUGUGCGUUAAAUGAGGAUUUUGUAUAUUUAACUGGCAGACAGUUUGAUGAACUUCAGCUCCACGUUUGAUAUUUAGCCGGCGGGUCAGUUAGACAUUGGUCAACUAUUCCAAUAUUUGGACAAUUUCCACAUAUGGAAGCAGAUAGUUCAAGGAUAGCGAGGUUUUAGCAGAGUGUUGAGAUGGGUAAAGAUUAUUACAGGAUUCUGGGCAUCGAGAAAGGCGCCUCUGAUGACGAGAUCAAGAAAGCCUACAGAAAACAAGCGCUAAGAUUUCACCCCGACAAAAACAAAUCAGCCGGAGCUGAAGAUAAAUUCAAAGAGAUCGCCGAAGCUUAUGAUGUCCUGAGCGAUGCCAAGAAGAAAGACAUCUAUGACAGAUAUGGAGAGGACGGGCUUAAAGGACAUGCUGGCAGCGGCACCAAUGGUCCAAGCUACACUUUUCACGGCGAUCCUCACGCUAUGUUCGCGGAGUUCUUUGGUGGACGUAACCCGUUUGAUCAGUUCUUUGCAUCCGGUGGUGGUGCAGAUGAUGAUAUGGACAUUGACGACCCAUUUGCGGCUUUUGGGAUGGGUGGAAUGGGCGGCUUCCCUAGAUCCUUCAAGUCCCGGGUAGGGGGUGCACACGGGGGCCGGGAAAAGAAGAAAGACCCCCCAGUGGUGCACGAGCUUAAGGUGAGCCUUGAAGAAGUGUUCUCUGGUUGCACAAAAAAGAUGAAGAUCUCACGCAAGAGGUUGAACCCGGAUGGCUGCACCAUGCGCACGGAAGACAAGAUCCUCACCGUGGACAUCAAGCGUGGCUGGAAGGAGGGGACUAAGAUUACCUUUCCCAAAGAGGGAGACGAGACUCCCACCAACAUUCCUGCCGACAUAGUGUUUGUGGUCAAAGACAAAAUGCACUCUGUUUUUCGGAGAGAUGGCUCUGACAUCAUCUAUGCUGCGAAGAUAUCCCUCAGAGAUGCUCUAUGUGGCUGCACCAUCAGUGCUCCCACCCUGGAUGGUAAAACUGUCACAGUGACAUCACGAGAUGUCAUCAAACCUGGCAUGAAGAAGAGGAUUGUCGGAGAGGGACUGCCAAUGUCCAAAUGUCCUGAGAAGAGAGGAGACAUGGUGCUGGAGUUUGUAGUGAAAUUUCCAGACAAGUUAGGACCGAGUACUCGUGAAGCUCUGGUUCAGAUCCUACCGCCUUGAUCAUUGCAAUCACUAGAGGAGAGACUCCCUGCCUACAUGACGAGAGCCCAGACAGAUCAUUUGAUUGGGCCUGUCGGAUUCACUAGAUAUUGAACCUGAAAGCGUCAGUGAUACACAUACAAAUCUGCCAAGCUCUGAGAAACAUAAAAGAGCUCCAGUAAAUUCAUUUAUAGCCCCAUUACUUAUUAAUGCAGUGCACUUUUUCAAAUCACUGUGGAACAUUUCAGAAGUAAUAUACAGGAUUGACUCCCAUACAUAGUUUUGCAGUACCUCAAGAGUCAACGCUCAUGUUUUGAUUUCCCUGUUUUACUGCUUCAGGUUCCCUUCCCCUGAAUCUAUGUUUAUAUAUUCUUUUAUUAAAAUGUAUUCCAAUUUUAGACUCUGCUGUCACAAUUUUACCAUGGUGUACUGUCCUCUUUUUCAGGCAGGAUUGGGCAAAUUUCAGAACUUAGGAAUCGGCUCAUUUUCAGUUGAUGAGUUGGAACUUGAAAUGAAUUGGCCACAUCUCACAGGAUGUUGAAUUGGAAUUUGAAUUAGGACAAGAAGAGGAAUACCUGAAUUGUAGGGCUGGAUUCCGAUCUUCAUUUGAAUGAUAUCGACUUUUAAAAUCUCAAGAUCAAUCUUUCACUCUGUGCGCAACCCUUAACAAUGUGACCAAAUUUUAGUGCUAUGUGACUACAAAUGUCUGAUUAGCCACUGGCUGGUAAAUGUUCAGAUUUCACUCACAAGCGAUGGAGUGGCAAAGAGGUUACACUGCCUGUUAAGAGUAAAAGUUUGGUUUGACUCGUUCCGUGUAAUGUGUGUCCAAAGAUGAGAUCCACACAACUCAUUUGUCAUUGAAUGUCUCUUUUAAUAUCCUUUCUGUUCUUUACAGUUAGUUAUUGAUCAAAAACAACCCAAAAAGAAAAAUUUUAUUCUAACCACACAUUGCAUGCAUGAGGUUAAGAAGCCAUGCGACUCCACUCCAGUCAACUGAAACACUCUUGUUAGACGCUCUCUGAACUGCCGCUAUUCUUAAAGAGACAGCAACGUUUUAGGCACUUGCUCAACAUAUCAGUGUAAAAUACUUGUAAUUAGAACAAAUUAGGCAUAUAAACAUGUAACUGUAUCCGCCUUAUUUUUCAUCGAAACUAGGGAGACACCAUUAUCAACCAUGAAUGUGGACCUCUUCCGGUUUAAGCCACCUCAAGCCAUUUCAGUGAUACAAAAAUAAUAAUUUAUAUUGCAGGCUGGCAAUACAUGUGAUCGUAUUAUUAUAAUUUAUUAUUGUUUUCAUAAACACAGUUCGGAGCGCAUGUAGUUUUACUGUUUAUCGCAUUUUGCCAUUGUUUAUCACAGACAGUUGAACAGGCAGAAUGAAUGAGAGAUCAGGCACCGACACGGACAGUACUCAGCAGCGCCGUCUGUCUCGACCACCACAAGCUUUACACAACCAGAAGAAAGCCGCUGGGAAAAUGCUUUUUCAACUUUCUUUGCACCACAACUGCAUCUUGUUUCAUCUUGGCAAAAUAGUAAAUGCAUUAUUCUCUCCGUUCUUGUCAGAGAGCAUUCUCUCUUUCUUAGCGGUGCACGUAAACAGACAUGCAGAUCUCGCAUUCAGAAAGGCUUAUGAAACAUUGCCUUUGGAAAUAAAAAAAUAAAGACAUCAUAGGAGGUUAUGCAGGUAUAAAUUAAUGGAGGUUUACAUGAAGACAUGAAAAUACUGCAUCGUCACGCUCUCUGUAAAAGCACAUUUUAUUAUUGUCUCUUCAAUACCUCACACAGCAAAAAGUGAAUUAUCUACUUAGUCUUUUACUAUAAAUAUCACAUCUAUAUAUCACCAGUGUGCACUUGAGCACUUAAACUCAACAUAAAAUCAUAACUGACCUUAUUCAUUAACACAUGUUCCUGGUCUCAUUGUCCAAUAUUCAUCAGAGCACAUUAUUCCAAAGAAAAGAAAAAUGUUGAUUUUAUAAUCUUUCAUCAAAAUGUAAUAACUUGCUCCGCCUUUGAAAUGACUUUCCUUUUUGGCGGAUGUUACUAAUUCCAACUCCUCCCCUCCAAUAACCUGGAGGCAUUCUAGUAUGUAACAGCCUCCUUUAAUGUUGCAGUCAGUUCCCAAUGUGUAAAAACAAGUCCCACCCUACAUUUUUCCUUAUUGAACAUCCUGAUUCAUUCAGAAAUGUCAGAUCAUGGAGGUAAAAUAGAUUGCGAACGGUGCUUCACGUUGACUUCAACCUCAGGCUGCUCCAGAGAGACCAUACUUGCAAUUAGAGUGCUUGUUUUUUGCAGAAGUAACCAAAGACGUCUCAAGUUAAAAGAAAACCCUGAAUGUAGCUUUAAUUAAUGUCUAAUGGGUAAUAUGCACAUUCAUUUGCUAACCAGUGCUGAUUCAUGGGAUUUUACAGUUCAAAUUUUUAGAUGAACGCUAGAAAACAUCUAAACCCAAUUUAAACUGGUUGCUUGUAAUAAAUGUUAUUGCUUGAAAUUAUUUCAUAAUAUCCAGUUUGUGAAUAUUUCCAAAUGAAAUUCUGAUUAUAGACUUAAUGUUAAGGAGGUCAUUAUGGAUGUUGAUGAAAUGGUGGGUAUCUAAUAGACCAUAUUGGAUAAUGCAUCUUAGGACUGCCAUCUUUGACAUGGUUUUAUAAGAAAUUACAGGAUUUGUGGCAAACUUGACCUGGGUAUGCAGAAUAAAUUUGAUUACGAGGGCACGUGCACACUGACAGAGUUUCAAGAACUUCCCUGACUAUUGUUGGGGUCAUCAGCAUGCUGUGUAUUUGACAUUCACUGAAAGUUUUCAGGUUAAAUUUCAGGUGUAACACUUAAAGGAAUUGUUUAGCUGUACUUUUUGAGUAACUUAAUUUGACAUGUUUGACAACUCUUUCUCCUUUGCAUAAUUGUUUUUAUUUACUGCAAAUAAAGGCUUUACAACUAC